AUGUCGAAGAAGAGGGUUGAUUGGUUACAAAGUCCAAAUGGAGUAUGCAAAGUUGAUGUCUAUUCACCCGAAGAUAACCAACCCCAAGACUGGAAAAUGGAAGCUUCAACUGAUCCGAUCAGAGUGCUCAGCUGGCUCCGGAAAGACCUGGAAAAAAGCACAGCAGGAUUUCAAGAUGUUCGGUUCAAGCCCGGAGAAUCAUCAGUAGGCGGGGAAAUGGCCCAACCAGCAGACCAACACACGGGUUUCAUGAUGGACUAUUGCAACACCACUAAUAAGUGCCACCCAGGGAGAUUGCAUUUUGAGGUGUGCCACAGGGAAAUUCCACCUCAGGGCGUCUGUGCCCGAAUUGGCAACAAGGGUGCAGUGGAUGAAAUUUCCUUCUAUGCUAAUCGCCUCACAAAUCUAGUCAUAGCCAUGGCCCGCAAGGAAAUCAAUGAGAGGAUAGAUGGCACAGAUAACAGAUGUGUCCAUCAGUCUCUGUACCUGGGGGAUGAUCCUCCAUCCCCCAAGAGUCUGAGCACGGUGGCCUCGGAAUUGGUGCAGAAAACUGUCUCUGAAUGUUCCAGAUCUAUUAUGAAUGAUAAGUCUUCUGACUCUGGUGACAGAGAUACACCCCAGAGAUCCCCUGGUGUGAGAUUCAAGAGCACUUUGAACAUAAAGGAGAGCCCCAAGGAAGGCAGGUGUUACUAUGACAAACCUACUUCUAAGUCUUUCUUCUAUAAGGAAGAAUUUGAAUCUCGUAAUGCAGGGGAUGCCCGAGAAGGAGGAAGGAUAUUCCUACCUGGGGAGAGAAGGAUUCUGAGAGGACUAGAAAGGCCUGAUGACUUUACAACUUCUGUUAGUCAAGGGAUCAUGACAUAUGCAAACAACGUGGUAUCGGAUAUGAUGACGUCUAUCAUGAAGACACUGAAGAUCCAAGUGAAGGAUACCACCAUAGCCACCAUCCUCCUCAAGAAGGUGCUGAUCAAGCAUGCCAAAGACGUCGUCUCCGAUCUCAUCGACUCCUUCAUGAAGAACCUCCACAAUGUCACGGGGGCCCUGAUGACAGACACAGACUUUGUCUCUGCUGUGAAAAGGAGCUUCUUCUGUCAAGGAAGCCAGAAGGCCACAGAUAUCAUGGAUGCCAUGAUGACGAAGCUUUACACCAUGGUAUUUUGCAAGAAACAACCCGACACUCUUAGGAAAGACAUGUCUGAGGUUUAUUCCCUUUUCUCCAUGAAUCAAAGAGACCCUAAACUUCGAAACAUCAACUUUAGCUCAAUGAAAUCCGAAGGUAAAUUUCAGGAAAAAGUAUCCACGUCUCCAUGCAAACCGCCAGAAAAGAGUUGUAUUGAAACACUGGGUGAACACUUAGUCAAAGAGGGACUGUCCUUAUGGCAUAAGCAUCAUCAAAAAGACAAAAAACCAGUGUUCCCGUGUGUAAACUUUGACCUUCCUGACAAACAGUUUAAGCCUACACCUGAAAUGCCCCUUGGAUUUCCACUGGAUCCUUGUGAUUUCUGCCCUACUAUGCCCCCCCAGGGGCCUGUGCCUUGCCCAGAGACCAAUUUUGUGUGUGAUUCUGACUCCUGGGCCAAAGACCUGAUUGUGUCUGCCUUACUUCUGAUUCAGUACCACCUGGCCCAGGGGGGAAAUAUGGAUGCCCAGAGCUUCCUUGAAGCUGCUAGUUGUUCCAACUUUCCCCACAGAAAGUCCCCUGAGCCCUGCUUGAAGUCUCCUGUGAAAGAAAUGGAGCAAGAAGUGGCCGAGAAGAAGGAUCUGAUGAGUGUUUUCUUCAACUUUAUCCGGAAUCUACUUGGCGAGACGAUUUUCAAGGGCGAGCGGAACACUGAAAAGAUGGACGAAUCACCAGUUAUUGAAAACGAGUUCCGCCGGUGUGAAAGACCAAUGACCCCUUGUCCCAUCAACUCAUGUGAGUCAGAUGAGAAUAGCGGUGGCGGUGGUUUGCUCUCUGGGUUAACCAAGAUGGUGGCCAAUAAGCUAGAAGGCCACAUGAAUGGGCAGAUGGUAGAACAUCUGAUGGACUCCGUGAUGAAGCUGUGUCUCAUUAUUGCCAAGUCCUGUGACUCGCCCUUGUCAGACCUGGGAGACGAGAAGUGUGGGGAUGCCAACAGGACGACUUCGAUCAUCCCAGAGUGUCUACUCGAGUGUUUGCCCUCCAAGGGCACAGGGACUGCAGAGGCUCUCUUGCAGAAUGCCUACCAAGCUAUUCACAACGAACUGCGGUGUGUGUCUGGGUUGCCCCCUGAGGGCUGUGAGACACCCAAAGUGAUCGUGAGCAAUCACAGUGACACAGAUACGGUUCAGAACAAAGAACUCCAGGCUGUGCUGCAGUGGGUCGCUGCUUCUGAGCUCAAUGUCCCUAUCUUGUACUUCGCUGGUGAUGACGAAGGCAUCCAGGAAAAGCUGCUUCAGCUCUCGGCAGCGGCGGUGGAGAAGGGCCGCAGCGUGGGCGAGGUGCUCCAGUCGGUGCUGCGGUACGAGAAGGAGCGGCAGCUGGACGAGGCGGUGGGAAACGUGACUCGACUGCAGCUGCUGGACUGGCUGAUGGCGAACCUGUGA